UUUGAUAGAUAAGAGAUGCUACUGUAUAACUGUUUAAGAUUUGUAGUGGACUGAGGAAUGCUUGAACUGAGCUGCUGAAACUGUAACUGUAUUGCCCUAGGAGUAUCAUCAUGGGGUCCACUGCUACAGAAACUGAAGAAUUGGAAAACACCACUUUUAAGUAUCUCAUAGGAGAACAGACUGAAAAAAUGUGGCAACGCCUGAAAGGAAUAUUAAGAUGCUUAGUGAAGCAGCUGGAAAAAGGUGAUGUUAACGUUGUAGACUUAAAGAAGAAUAUUGAAUAUGCAGCAUCUGUGUUGGAAGCAGUUUAUAUCGACGAAACAAGAAGACUGCUGGAUACUGAUGAUGAGCUCAGUGACAUUCAGUCGGAUUCGGUCCCAUCAGAAGUCCGGGACUGGUUGGCUUCUACCUUUACACGGAAAAUGGGGAUGAUGAAAAAGAAAUCUGAGGAAAAACCAAGAUUUCGGAGCAUUGUGCAUGCUGUUCAAGCUGGAAUUUUUGUGGAAAGAAUGUACAGAAAGUCCUAUCACAUGGUUGGCUUGGCAUAUCCAGAAGCUGUCAUAGUAACAUUAAAGGAUGUUGAUAAAUGGUCUUUUGAUGUAUUUGCCUUGAAUGAAGCAAGUGGAGAACAUAGUCUGAAGUUUAUGAUUUAUGAACUAUUUACCAGAUAUGAUCUUAUCAACCGUUUCAAGAUUCCAGUUUCUUGCCUAAUUGCCUUUGCAGAAGCUUUAGAAGUUGGUUACAGCAAGUACAAGAAUCCAUAUCACAACUUGAUACAUGCAGCUGAUGUCACUCAAACUGUGCAUUACAUAAUGCUUCAUACAGGUAUCAUGCACUGGCUCACUGAACUGGAAAUUCUAGCAAUGGUCUUUGCCGCUGCCAUUCAUGAUUAUGAGCAUACAGGAACUACAAACAAUUUUCAUAUUCAGACAAGGUCAGAUGUUGCCAUUUUGUAUAAUGAUCGCUCUGUCCUUGAAAAUCACCAUGUGAGUGCAGCUUAUCGACUUAUGCAAGAAGAAGAAAUGAAUGUCCUGGCAAAUUUAUCCAAAGAUGACUGGAGGGAUCUUCGGAACCUAGUGAUUGAAAUGGUUUUGUCUACAGAUAUGUCAGGUCACUUCCAGCAAAUUAAAAAUAUAAGAAACAGUUUGCAGCAGCCUGAAGGGCUUGACAAAGCCAAAACCAUGUCCCUGAUUCUCCAUGCAGCAGACAUCAGUCACCCAGCCAAAUCCUGGCAGCUGCACCACCGAUGGACCAUGGCCCUGAUGGAGGAGUUUUUCCUACAGGGAGAUAAAGAAGCUGAAUUAGGGCUUCCAUUUUCCCCGCUUUGUGAUCGGAAGUCAACAAUGGUGGCCCAGUCCCAAAUAGGUUUCAUUGAUUUCAUAGUAGAGCCAACGUUUUCUCUUCUGACAGACUCAACAGAGAAAAUUAUUAUUCCUCUUAUAGAGGAAGACUCAAAAACCAAAACUCCUUCCUAUGGAGCAAGCAGACGAUCAAAUAUGAAAGGCACCGUGAAUGAUGGAACCUAUUCCCCAGACUACUCCCUUGCAAGCGUGGACCUGAAAAGCUUCAAAAACAACCUGGUGGACAUCAUCCAGCAGAACAAAGAGAGGUGGAAAGAGUUAGCUGCUCAAGGUGAACCUGAUCUUCAUAAGAACACAGAAGAUCUAGUACAUGCCGAAGAAAAACAUGCUGAGACACAUUCAUAGGUUUGAAACACCUUAAAGGCUUCUGUCAUUUUAAACAUGAGAGGAUAACGAGGACAGCACUAAAGUAUCCUAAAUCCUCAAUUUUCCACAAACCUAUAUUCUCCUCUUUCAAUACACACUUGGAACAGGCCAUGUUAUGGACUCAUAUCAGAGAAGACACAUGAAUUCUGAGCUACUAAUUCUAACCAAAUAAAUACACUCAAAGUUGCUAUCAGAGAUUUUGGCCGGGGCUUCUGCCAUUGUUCCUCCUCCACAAUUUGGCCUUCUUCAAUCAAGCCAGAGAAAUUUUUAAGACAAACGUUGGACAGUUUUAAAUUUUCAUCACUCUGAACCCAGUUGUUGCAUAGACAACUAUGCAAUAUGUGUGCAGAAGAUGAAGCAUCUUUAAAUUUUACUUUCUUGCUUUGUUUCACACAGAGUGCUGUAACUACAAAUUUUUCAAGAUGUUUAGUAAAAGGAAAGCAGAAACAAAAUUAUAGAAAAAAAAUUUUUUGCAGCUCUGAGGCCAUUUAGAUUGUCCUUGUUAUUUUAAAGACAGGGGAACAAAGUGAGAGGCGAGGCUGCCCAGAAGCUGUGGUUGAAGUCCAGUGACAGUGGAGCAUCGGCCCUGGCUCUGUGACGUGAUGAACUCUUCAUUGUAACUCUCAAGCUGGGAAAACACAGUGAAACCUGUCCCUGAAAGCAGUGGACCAGCCUGCAUCCAUCCCUGUGAUUUCAAAGCACUAAUGCAUCACUUACAUGGGUGUCAUCACAAUGCAAGUCACACAUUACCUAUGAUCCAAAAUGACGAGAACCUCCAGCCGUUGUUGGAGACGGAGACUAGAACUCAGAAUAGAAUUUGCCUUCUGGGGUGUUGAUCCCAUCAGGAUGUAACAAAAUAUAUCAUAGGCCAAGGGAUAAGAGACAAGAAGUGUGUGUGUGUAUGUGCGUGUGUGUGUGUAUUCAAAAAUGUCUGAAAAUGGAAGCCCACACUUUUCUGUACAGAUAAUAUUAUCUGACGUGAGUUAAUAAUUUUACUACACAGAAACAAAUUGCGACCCUUGGGGACUCUGCUUCCUUGUCAUGUUUUGCCUGAGCAUGUGCAGAACCUUGCCUUUGCUCCAAACUGAAGAACUACCUUUAUUUGUUAUUAGCUGACAAGAAAGGUCAAGCACAAGAAGGUGUUGUAAAUUUUCAUGGUAGAAACUCUUCAGUGAUUGUGAGACUAAGUGAAUUUGUCUUUGUGAAAGGUAGAAAUUGGGUGGAAAAAAUUAAGAGUAGCCAUCAAUUAAAGAAUAAAGUGAAGAUGGGUAUGUCCAUCCUAAUGAGUUUUCUGUUGCACCUGCUUCUUUCCCAGGUUCCACGAUGCUAAGCAAUAUUUUAGAAAUGGAUGCAAUCAGAAGCUUUUAAGCCUAAGUAGUGGGAUUUUAUAACUCACAACUUAGAUCUCUUUUCAUGUGUAAGCCAUAUUCUAUAUGCAUAUUAGGUAUGCAUCAUUCUAAUUUAAGAUAUAUUUGUGCAUAGACUGUGUAUAAGAUGCUUUGAAAUGUUCUGUGAAUAAGGUCCUUAGAUUUUGUUUCACCUGAAGCAUAUGUAGAACACAGCUAAAUAAUUAAAUUGUAUCAUAGACGUUAUAAUGCAAUUGAUAUUUUAAAUGUAAGCAGUAAAGAUUGAUGUAUAAUGAUGUGUUGGGGGAAAAUUUAUAGAUAUGUACAUCAUGGUGACUUUUUGUCCUUUAACAAUGGAUUUCCUAUUUCUAUUUAUGGAGAAACUGCAACUACUGCUUUUAAUGUCUUUUUUAAGGUAGCUAUUUACAAGCUAGAAAAUAUUCUGCAUUUAAAAUAGAAUCUGUCUGGAAAGUCUAAUUAGUAUCGUUCCUAUUUGAGCCAGUUGUCUUUCAGUAAAGCUAUAAAAUCUCUCCACAGAGAAAUAAAUUGAAACACUGCUUCUUAAUUGUCGUA